CAGCUUUUGCCUUUUAAACCCUAAACUAAUACAGAAGCAAAACUAGAUACCAAUGGCAGGUUUCAAUAGUCAAAGAUGGUCUCUAAAGGGUAUGACCGCCCUCGUCACCGGUGGAACUAAAGGCAUUGGAUAUGCCAUUGUCGAAGAGCUAGCAGUACUUGGGGCAACAGUCCAUACCUGCGCUCGUAACCAAGAACUGAUUGACGAGAGGGUUCGUGAAUGGAAGAACCGGGGAUUCAAAGUGAGUGGUUCAGUUUGUGACCUAACCUCUAAAUCUCAAAGGGAGGAGCUCAUAAAGACCGUUUCAUCUGUCUUUAACAGCAAACUCAACAUCCUUGUAAACAAUGCAGCAACAGUGACACUGAGAAGUACUACAGAAUAUGCAUUGGAAGAUUUGUCAAGCAUGAUGAGUACAAAUGUUGAAUCUCCCUACCAUCUUUGUCAGCUUUCUUAUCCUCUCUUGACGGCCUCAGGAAAUGGAAGUAUUGUGUUCGUCGCCUCCAUUGCCGGUAUAAAAGCUCUACCAAGACUAUCUGCCCAUGCAGCAACAAAAAGUGCCGUCAUCCAAAUUUCGAAGAAUUUGGCAUGUGAAUGGGCAAAAGAUGGCAUUCGCACAAACACUGUAGCACCAUGGGCUGUUAACACCGGCGUUAAAGUUGAAAAUGAUGAUCAUUCUGAUGAUUUCAGACAGCUAAUAGGUCGAACUCCGAUUCGCCGCAUUGCCGAGCCUAAUGAAAUAUCGUCACUGGUCACUUUUCUCUGCCUUCCUGCUGCUUCUUACAUCAAUGGACAAGUUGUUAGUGUUGACGGAGGAUUUACAGUUAGCGGUUUCUAGGAAACUCAUUGUAUAGACAGUCAAUUACUACCUGCAAUUUUUUAUUCAUUUCUUCUUCUUUCUUGGGUAUG